ACGGCGCGGGGCGCGGCGCGCGGGGGGCCGGGGCGCCCAGCGACGGGCGCGCAGCUGAGGGCAGUGGGCGCGGCGGCGGCGGCGGCGGCGGCGACAGCCAUGGCGGAGGCGGCGCCUGCACGGCACAGGAGGAAGCGCCGCGCCACACCCCUGCCUUCGUCCUCGCUGUCCCCACCGGCCACGGAGAAGAGCCCCUAUUUCCAGACCUCCGAGAUCUCGCUCUGGACCGUGGUGGCCGCCGUCCAGGCCGUGGAGAAGAAGGUGGAGGCCCAGGCGGCCCGGCUGCAGAGGCUGGAGGGCCGCGCGGGCAGCGCCGAGAAGAAGCUGGCCGACUGCGAGAAGACGGCGGCCGAGCUGGGCCAGCAGCUGGAGGGCAAGUGGGCCGUGCUGGGCACGUUGCUGCAGGAGUACGGGCUGCUGCAGCGGCGCCUGGAGAACAUGGAGAACCUGCUGCGGAACCGCAACUUCUGGGUCCUGCGGCUGCCGCCGGGCAGCAAGGCCGAGACCCCCAAGGCGUCCCGGUCUCUGGACAACGACGGCCUGUGCUUCUCCGAGCAGGAGUGGGAGAACCUGGAGGACUGGCAGAAGGAGCUUUACAGAAACGUGAUGAAGAGCAACUACGAGACGCUGGUGUCCCUGAAGGUCCUGGGCCAGUCGGACGGAGAGGCGGAGUUGGAGACAGAGAUGCUGGGUACCUUGGAGGAGGACGAUCCUGCUGGUGUCCACCCAGCGGAGGGCGUGAUGAUCAAGCAGGAGCUGCAGUACCUGCAGGAAGGCGCCGGGGAGCUGCCCGCGGAGUUCUCCGGCGUGGCCGAGGAGCAGGUGUUCCUGAGCCCGGAGCAGGCCGAGCUGUGGGACCGGGCGGCCGACGCUGUGCUCUCGGAGGCGGGUUCCGGGGACGCCGGCCUCGGCCUCGAGGAGCCCGGCGAGGGCAGCACGGACCCCGGCCAGGGCAGGACCCUGGGCCCCCCGCCGCCGCCGAAGGGCCAGGAGCCGCGGAGGGGCCCCUCCCGCCCCUACACCUGUGCCGAGUGCGACGCCGGCUUCCGCUCCAAGCAGCAGCUGGCCACGCACCUGCGGACCCACGCGGGCUGGGAGGUGGACGCGGCCCCGCAGCCCCCCGAGAGCCUGCAGCCCCCCGAGAGCCUGCGGCCCCGGCCGCGGCUCAAGCCCCAGGCCAAGAGGGCCAAGCUGCAGUGCGCCGUCUGCCAGCGGGGCUUCAGCUGCAAGGUGAGCCUGGCCGCCCACCAGCGCUGCCACGCCCAGGAGGGGCCCAGCGCCCCCCGCAUCCAGGAGCGCUUCUCCCCCAACAGCCUGGUGGCCCUGCCCGGCCACAUCCCCUGGCGGAAGAGCCGGAGUUCCCUCAUCUGUGGCUACUGUGGCAAGAGCUUCAGCCACCCGUCGGACCUGGUGCGGCACCAGCGCAUCCACACGGGCGAGCGGCCGUACCGCUGCCCCGAGUGCGAGAAGAGCUUCGUGCAGAAGCAGCACCUGCUGCAGCACCAGAAGAUCCACCAGCGGGAGCGCGGCAGGGCGCCCCCCGAGCCCGCGCGGGCCAACGGCCUGCUCUAAGGGCGCCAGCCCCUCACCCUGGGGUGGGGGCGGAGGGGCUGGCGUUGAUCCCCCCGCAGACUCCGCAGAGC